GGACCGUCGGCAGGGAGGUCCUAAUCUUGUAUAGCAGCUGGGAGCAUUUUUACCACGUGAUACGAGAGAUGUUAGAGAGCAGCCAUCAUCAUUUCACCUAAUUCAUGUCCAGCCUGAAAUGGUAAAAGGUGACACGACGAGGAAACGGAAAACUACGAUGGAGUAGGUGAAGACUGAAUCCUCUCCCGGUCUUAUCCACUCGUCUGUUUCACUGCCUCACAACUUAACCAGGUUGGCGUCAAACAAGUGGUCUGACCUUGGCUGUCUGCAUCUAGUGACACGGGAGCACAAACCUGCUUCUUGGGUUGCAGGAGCACAGUGGAGAAGAGGGUCUGAGGCUGAUUACUCCCCCCAUUUGUCUUUGAGGAGGGGGGGGGAGGAGGAGGCGGAGGAGGAGGAGGAGGAAGAAGGAGCUGCUAUAACCAUCCAGAGCAUGGGGCAGAAAGUCCCAGGUGGCAUUAAAACCAUUGAUAUGCGGGAUCCUGCAUUCAGCCCCCUGAAGCUGGAGCUACAGGCCCUGAGUCACACCAAGCCGUCUCGACUAGAUCUGCUGCUCGACAUGCCACCUGCCGGCCUGGACGUCCAGGUCCAGAACUCGUGGAAUAACGAUGACCGCUCCCUCAACAUCUUCGUCAAGGAUGACAACAAGCUGGUGUUUCACAGGCACCCUGUGGCGCAGAGCACGGAUGCUAUCCGGGGCCGUGUUGGCUAUACAAGGGGACUGCAUGUAUGGGAGAUCAGCUGGGCUAUGCGUCAGAGGGGAACGCACGCUGUGGUCGGGGUGGCUACAAGCGACGCCCCGCUUCACUCGGUGGGCUACACAGCUUUAGUAGGAAGCAACACCGAGUCCUGGGGCUGGGACCUGUGCAGGAGUAAACUCUACCACGACGGCAAGAAUCACCCAGGAAAAAGCUACCCGGCCUUUCUCGAGCCAGACGACACCUUCAUAAUACCAGACUCCCUCUUAGUUGUCUUGGACAUGGAUGAAGGGACUCUCGGUUACAUAGUGGAUGGACAUUAUCUGGGAGUGGCAUUCAGAGGACUUAAGGGUAGGAAGCUGUACCCAGUGGUGAGCGCCGUGUGGGGGCAUUGUGAAAUACGAAUCCGGUACAUAAAUGGACUUGAUCCUGAACCCCUCUCUCUGAUGGACCUGUGUCGGCGUUCGGUGAGGGUGGCAUUAGGAAGAGACCGUCUGAGUGAAAUCCAUAGACUGCCCCUGCCGGCCUCUCUCAAGAACUACCUGCUCUACCAAUGACGACGCCGACGGUCACAACACACACUCAGCACACCCUCGUCUCUCACAUAUUUCUCUGGGAUCCUUCUGGGGUUGAACCCGUCUGACAACAUUGCUCAAGUCUCCAGGACUGACUCAGCCUUCAACAAGUAUGCUUCUGUGUCAGUGGCUGGACUCAUUUUGAGUUUCUUAUCCUGUUUUUAUGACUCUUUGCAAUUGUACUCUCUAACUUUAUGAAAUCAGGAAUCACUGAGCACUAUGCACAUGCUGAUCCAGACGAUGCCCUGACAGCCACCAUGUUGGUGUACCUCCUCCAGUUUGUAAGUCAGUGCAUUGGCAUAUGUGGUCGGUAUCUCUGCUGUGAAGUCCAUAUUCUAUGACUAUGAAUUUCUAUCUUGAAGCCUUGUAAAUUUGAAUAUUAUUGGUUGUGCUAAAAAGAAAUUGCUGGAAAUUAAACUUUGAGUGUGGGCACAAAAGUGCACUGCCAGUAUCUAACACAAGGUGGCAGCGCACACACACAUCAACCUGUGCAUCCUCUCAAAUUGAGAAUUAUAACAUGAAAUCCUGUUUGGUUUUGGAAUGAGAAUUUCUAAAUGGAUGAGUUUUUAAAAGUAAUGACGGCUCACACAACACAGAAGGGAGAUGCUGACCACUCUGCAGUGAGUCUGUAGUGCAGUGUGGAUGAACGCACUGUGAGGCAGCUGAAGAGCAGCUCCGACCACUCGCUGCACUAUCAGGUUUCUCUGCGGUAUGGAAAUGUGCCCCAAUGCUUACCACCGAGGCAUCCGACAGGAACACCAUCAGCAGAAAAUUUAACAGAAUAUAAUGUCACUGUGAUUAUUUGUAGCAUGCAUCUGCAGGAAAAUUUUCUCAAUACAAUCACAUCAUUUUUUAAAAAUCUUUUCUGUCACUCCUGCUUCUUGUAGUGCAGUAGUUUUCAACCACAUGCUAUUGGGGCCCAAGAGUGCUGUUUUUUCUUUUUCUUUUUUUUUUUUAAAGUCAGCCAGUUUCUCCAUCAGCUGAUUUCACUGGUUUUCACAUAUACAGCCAGAGAACGGAAACCAACUCAAUGAAGUGAUUCAGUAGUUGGCUGGAAAGUAAACCUGCUACUCUUGGGUCUCACUGGCACAUAUCUGAGAACCACUGAUGUAGUGUUUGUGUUUCAUGACAUGUAAAGGGGGAAAAAGGGUUUGAGAAACAGUAUGUUGGUGAACAGCAUUGUGCCUGAAUCAGUAAACUUCAGAUUUAAGGCACCAUAAUGGCAGAAAAAGACAAUCCACAAAGUGCUGCAGAAAUGUAAUAAAAGAAGGUCAGAUUGCCAACAUAUUGUCAAAUGCCAUAUCAUAGACCUGUUGACUCUAGUAUUUUUAAAUGUGCAGAUGUGGUCCUGAUUCACCACUCAACUGGUGUAGACACACUGUGCCACACCUUACUUUUCCUUGCUUGCAGAUUCCAUUUUAUUUGUAUUCCUUGUUGUAGAUUUGUUUGUAAGUAUCUAUUAAAGUUUAUUUCAAAGUAUC